AUGUUGGUGGAGGAGAUCAAAGCAUUUCCGACUCCAAUUGAGUUCAAAUACAGCGAAUUGAAGAGGGUCACAAAUGGUUUUGUAAAAAUCAUAGGCCAAGGUGGUUUUGGGAGUGUUUUUCACGGAAUUCUGCCUGAUGGAAGAUCAGUGGCAGUAAAGAUGUUGAGCGAUACAAAUAGUGUUCAUGGCAAAACAGAGUGGAUGAACGAGCUGAGGGCUCUAACAAAGCGACAUCAUCGAAACAUCGUAGAGCUCGUGGGAUAUUGCUUUGAAGACAAUCUGAUGUUAGUCUAUGAUUAUAAGCCACGAAACCUGUCAAACAUAAUUUUUGAUGAAAUUGAUAUGAUUAUUGACUGGUCAAUAAGAUUCAAGAUUAUAUUGGACAUGGUAAGGGGACUCACAUAUCUUCACGAAGGUGCACAUAUGUGUAUAAUACACAGAGACAUUAAACACAGUAACAUUCUUCUGGACGAAAAUUUCAGUGCCAAGAUUUGUGAUUUUGGCCUUGCUAGAAUACUGCAAAUGGAUUUCGCCCAAUAUGCCAACAAGACUAUUUCCACAUAUUGCGAGCUGCUUGAAAAGGAUGUAACUGAGACUUCUGACCAUGUAACAACGGAACUUGGUGGAACACUGUAA